AUGGCAUUACAUCUAGCGUUAGGUCUAUGUGUAUAUCUGCUGUUUACACAAGGUGCACAGGGAAACAUUGAUGAUUUUGAUUGUGUUGAGAUAUACAAACAACCGGCUUUCAAACAUCCAUUGUUAAAAAAUCACAAGAUUCAGGAAACAUUCAGCCUAGAUGGAAAUAUUGAAAGAAGCAACAAAUAUAAAACCAAAGAGCAUUGUCCAAAAGGAACAGUUCCAAUUUUAAGACAAGGAAAUGAAUCUCAAAGCGUUCAUCUGAAUACAGCCGAGUAUUCUGGUCAACAUUUUGCAACAAUUGAGACUACGUUAGAUGGAAGUAUCUAUCGGGGAACUGAAGCUGAAAUAAGUGUUCAUGAUCUUAAAUUGCAAAAUAAUCAAUACAGUAAAAGUCAAAUAUGGUUAGAGAAUGGACCUCGAGCUCAACUCAAUAGUAUACAAGCUGGUUGGGCAGUACAUCCAAGAUUAUACGGUGAUAGUGUCACGAGAUUUACAAUCUAUUGGACUGUGAGUAAUUUUUAGUUACUCUUAUUCACAUAAAAACAUUUAUUAGCUUAGUUUUAAGAAAUAAAAGAU